GUUGUUCUGUACGCUAACGGGAGACGAUGAUUGAAAUUUUUCAUCUUAGUGAAGAUAAAACAUUCCGUUGUGCCAUAUUAUCCAGAAGCUUAGUUUUUACCUCCCUGUGUACCUUGGUGUUAUUUGUGGCUCCGGCAGCCAUUGUGUUUAGCGUACCAACCGAAAGCUGGUCUACACUUCUAAUGAGAUGGGCCAAACUCUAUAAUUGCUCUGUUCUGGAAUCUCAGAGUUUCAUACUUUUAGUUACAAACACGUUUUCGCGAAAUACAUCUAGUUUUGACGUUUGGACGCCAUCCUCCGACUUGCCGAGCAGUAUUUCUGGAUCUGCUGAGACUCACCUGAGAGAAAAGUUCAACUUCUAUUCGCUAUUUGAUGCUGGUUCAACCUAUGCAACAGAAUUAGCUAUAGCGUUUCGUUUAAAGAUCCGUUCAACUGAAGUUUUUGGUGUCCAUUUGCAGAUCCCAGUCCAUUGCAUUUUGGUGCCCGAGGAGCACAACCAGCUGAAUGUGGUCGGUCUGAUUUCCGAACACUUCAUUGGAGACAAACCACAAACCGCGCUCAACAUUUUCGGAACUCUCCGAGUCAAUCAAAAACGGGCUCUACCGGCUCACUACGAUCGAAUGGAAGAUUACAUAAACGGGCUACCACUGUUUCUGCCAACUUCUCCGGGACAACCAGGAAGUACAAACUUAGAAGAAACACUCUACAAUUUUGCAAGACGAAACUUUACAAUGCGUCUGCACCAGAGAACCAAAGUCCCGACAUUCGGCUCUGUCUCAACUACGGGGCUGUAUCGUAUCAGCCUGAAGAUCUCCCUACCGGAACAGAAAUUGUUCUAUGAGACGCCAGCUGUACAUCAAGCGAAAUGGUUCUACAUUCGAUAUAUCUCUAUCUGGAUUAUACUUGUCUGGCCCAUAUCAAAACUUCUCCGUUAUGUUUUCGAAGGCAAUCUGUUACAAGAUACCAAUGUCUCACUGAUCAAGCCCUAAAGUUUCCGGUACCCUUGUAGGUUGUUUGUAAACAAAUUUGCUUUGUAAUAAACGCUUU